UCGAUCGCGACCAAGUACCGCUACGAGGGAUCUGACUUGGCAAACCUACCGGUACUGAUAAUUCAGGGUUUAACUUCCUAAUAUUUCCACCAAAUGCUCUUGUUUGGUUGUGUUUCCUGGUAACAAGUCCCAGAGCUUUUUUAGGCGACCACUCGCACCAUAUCAUGCUAUUUUAUAAAGGCGAAUGGUUUGUUUAGCGUGAUUUUACGUAUCUCAGUGUCGGUCGCUCCUAUCGCCCUUUGUUUGGAAACGUAGCUGUCCGGAACAUCAGGUCCGGAAGCGUUACUUGCCAGCAAACACUGAUAGAUUCCUACGUGACACGAUGUGGAGGCACUGAGACGCCUAUUGGACAAAGCGGCCCAUUUUGCGUUUCUUUGGAUAUAGCUUACGAUGAAUAGCGAAAUGUGGCAACAGCUUACUGUUUGAUUGCUCACAGUCAGCAAACACCCAAGACCUGCUGGUUACGAGCGUGGUAUGCGAGAAGGCAUUGCGUCAGAGAUCCAAAGAGAGCAGCAGCAGAUAGCAGAAGUAAUAAAGUGACGCGUGAUGGCUGCUGAGUUGGCAAGAGUACGGAUCGCCACCUCCAUGUCAGCAGGUGGGAAACGAUGGUGUUCAACUUAUGCAGAUCCGAUUGCAGUGAGUGAUACUGGUUUGAAAACCUGGCUCUUAAUUGUUAAUGAUUUCGACAAUUCAUUGAAAAAGCAGCUGUUGUUGAACUAACACGUCAACUUUCUGCUGUCUCGAGUACCGGAUAGAAGAAUUGGAGUUCAGUAUUGGAGAUUCCCUGUCUUAGUUUAGUGUCUUUUAUAUCACUACCACAGAGCCAAAAAAGCAUUCGAAAACAUCAACUCUUCUCAUUUUCUGGGACGAAUACGUGGUGACCGAGGGCUAGCGGGAUGCUUGGCUGGUUGGCCUUGAUAAUAGGGACUAUCCUGUUGAGAUAGAAGAUCCAAUGUCGGCUUCAGAUCGGCGAGAGGGAACAAGACAUGGUGACAGUGGUCAAAAUCAGGAAAGUUCGGAUGACGGUGACGGAUCGACACAUUCCAUUCUCCGAUAUGGACCACAGAAGUCCGUGGACGGGUGGGUUAUCUUUGUUACGGGUCUACACGAAGAGAGCCAAGAAGACGAUAUCAUAGAUAUGUUUUCCGAACACGGCCAAGUCAAAGACUUUAAGCUGAGCUACAACCGCCGGACGGGCCAAGUGAUAGGGUACGCUAUGAUCGAAUACGCACGGCAAUCUGAAGCGCAAGACACAAUCAACAACUUCCACGGAAAGAGGUUUUUAGGCAAAACCAUAAGCGUGCACUGGGCCUUUGUCAAGCCAUCGGUGGUGGGGGAAUCGACGCUCAGCGACAUUGAUGGGCGAUGA